AUGCCUCCAAAACGAAAAACACGUAAUUUACCUAGAGCAAAUGAUAAAGAAAAAGUCAAUCAAAUGUCAUUUUUUGAACCAGUUUAUCAAAAUGAUAAUAUUCAAAUGAAUGAUGAUGAAAGUGAUAGUGAAUUAUCAGGUGAUGAUUUAUCACACAAAAAAAUUCAAGAUAAAAAUAAACCUGAACUAGAUGAAACAUUUGAUCAAGAUCAAUCAUCAGAAAUUUCAACAUCAAAAAUUGUUGCACGUAUAGAACAAAUUCAAAAUUCAAUUGAACAAGCAAAAACAAUGCUUCAAUCAAUGGAACAAUUUAAACAUUUAGUUCCGGGAAGUCAAGAACAAUGUGAAAAACUUCAUAUUAUUAUUGAAAAUCUCGAAGAACAACAAGCUGGUUAUGUUAAUUUACUUAAUUUAAUUACAUUAACCAAUAAAGAAAAGGCAGCAUUAAUCGAUAAAAUUUCCACAGCUCAUCGUUCAAUACCAACAAAUACUAAUAAUCAGUCAAAUGAUGAAAAUGAUGAUGUCGACGAAGAAGUAGAUGAUAACGAUGAAGAUGAAGAUGAGGAAGAUGAUCUAUCAUCUCGUCGUAAUAUUCGAUCUCCAUUACGUCCACGUAUUGAAAGUAAAAUAGGUUUUACACCACAAUCAAUUAUACCACCAACUCCAACAGUUCCACCAACAAUAAAUUCAUCCGAUAAUGAACAAAAUAAUCGUAAUGAUAAUUCAAAUUAUGAUUCACUUGUUGGUAGUCUUAAAAGUGAUACAAUUAAUUGGAAAGAUCAACAAUUAACAUCUGGAGAUGAAGUAAGUGAUGUUGAAAGUGAAAAAGAAAUUCAAAGAAAUUUAAUGCUACAAAAAGAACAACUCCGAGCUUUACAAGGUCAAAAACGUGCAUUACUUGCAUUAAAAAAACGUUCAGAACAACGUUUACUCGAACAACAACAACAACAGCAAGUAGUUAAAAAGAAAACUACUGAUCAAAAAGAAAAUUUAUCAGAAAAUGAUCUUUUAUCCGAUAUAAAUAAUUUACGUGAUCGUUCAUCAAUACAACAGCCAACACAAAGUGAUAAUCGUGUAAAAAAUUUAGAACAUGUUCGUGAACAACUAAAUGAAUUAGAACAAAUUGUAACAUAUUAUCAAUUAGAUUUAACGAAUGACCAAGACGAAGAAACAACAGUUUAUGAAGAAACUCCUAUUCAACCUGAUGAUGCACAACGUUUAAAAACACUUAUUUUGCAAGAAAAACAAAAAUCAAUAUCGUCUACACCAAAUAAUAAGAAUAAGAAUACUCCUAAACAACUUGAUAAAUUAUCUAGUGAAUUAGCUGCUAAACGAUUAGAAUUGGAAGAAGCUAAAUCUGCAUUGAGUCGUCUUCAACAAAUGGUUAAAAAAAUAGAACCUGAUCAAUGUUCUUCGUCAACUUGUUCAACUCCCAUACAAUCGUCUGCCACAAAACCAAAUAAUAAUAAUAAUAAUAAUAAUAACAAUUAUGAAUUCAAUACUAAUCAAUUUCAAUAUACUCCACCAUUAUCUAAAAAAACACAAGCAACAAAUACAAAUGCUAAAACUUCACUUUUAUCCAGUAUUCUUUCACCUAAAUCAACUGAACAACAAAAAUCAAUUGCAACACGAAAUAGUUAUGCUGAUGCUAAAAUGGCUGCACAACAUCGUGAAAUUGAACGUUUAAUUGAAUCUCGUCAACGUUUACAUACUAUUAAAGAUCAAAUAGCAUCAUUACAUCAAAGUAUGACAACAUCACCAAUACAAUCGAAAAAAGAUUCAACAAACGAAAUUCAGCAUCAUAAUCAAUUUAAAACUAAUAUAAACGAAUCAAAUAAACAAACAAAUACAUAUGAAGAUAAAUUAAAUAAUUCAAAAACUCUUCAAUCACCUUAUACAUCUAACAAUCAAGAAGAUAAUAAUAAUAAUGAUGAUGAUUCAGAAUUAUAUCGUUUUGAAUAUGAAUCAGGUGAUGGAGAAGAAAUUAAUGAUGAAGAUACUGAUGAAGAGAUUCAACCUCGAAUAAAACAAGGCAAUUUUCAUGCACCUGAAGAUAUUGUUGCUGAACAUGAACAAAAUUUAUUAAAUACAAAACCUGAAUCAACUGAUGAAUUAAGUAUGCAAAUGCGUGAAAUAUGUCGUUGUUUAUCAACAUUUAUUCAAGAACAAAAAUCUUUUAAUCAACAUAUUGAAGAACAUUUAAAAGCUGUAACAAAUACUUCAUCAAAUACUUCAUCAGUAUCAAAUACAAACGAUCCUGUAUUUAAUCAACUUCAACAACAAGUUCUUACACAAGGUCUUAUUGUUAAUUUAAAUACAGCUUAUCGUGAAAUAGCUAUAUUACAAUCUGAAAUAAAUGCAUUACAAUCAGAAAAUAAUCGUUUAUCAUCAUCAUUAUCAUCACAUGAUAGUCAUUUUAAUUAUAAAUCACAUUUAUAUUCAAGAGAUAAUUCAAAAGAUUCAAUUUAUAGUUUAGAUCAAAUUAAACCUAUACGUUCAAAAGUACGUUCAAGAUUUGAUGAACAUAUUCAACAAGACAAUCGUAAUUUAACAAACAAUAAAUUUGAAAAUUCAAGUAAAACAUCAUUUAAUAGUCAAAGUACAGGACAACAAACAGCUAUUCAUCUAACAGAAAACAAUAUGGAAAGAACACCUGUUAAACAUGAAAGAAAUGGUAUUUAUAAAAAAAAAAGAUUUUUAACAAAAUUUCUUGAAAUUUGUAAUAUAAUUCAUAAACAAACUAAAAUUCUUAGUAAACUCAAGACUGUUAGAACAAUUAAUAGAAGUGUACUGUAUUGCAAAAAAAUGGUUCGAAGCAGAUGA